GAAGAAGCGGUUAACGACUGCAGGACGCGGUUGAGCGACGCAGAUGGAAACGCGGUUCAUGGGAAAGUAGCCUAAAUUUUGAACAAGUGUCUGCGGCGAAGGCAACGAGGUCGGAGGUCCGGGGACUAUCACUUGUAGCUCCUACAUGGCUGCUCCAACAUUGCAACAGCCCAGUUUCCUGCUGGCCAACCUGAAAGCCGACGCGACCACCAAACCUCUGCUUCAGCGAUGCCAAGACCUGGUGAAGAUCAUCGAUGAGUAUCCUGCAAAGGAGCUGCACCUGAUUUUCCCCUGGCUGGUGGAGACUGUGUUUGGCAGCCUGGACGGCAUCAUCGCAGGCUGGAACCUGCGGCUCCUGCAUUCAAGGAGCAAUGAGUACAACAUUGUCAUGGACUUCCUAAACCCCAGUGGGCCAAUGAUGAAACUCGUGUACAAACUUCAAGCAGAAGAGUACAAAUAUGAAAUACCUGUCAAUUAUCUCCCGGGUCCUGUGAAGGCCUGCAUCCAGGAAGGAGUCCUCCCAGAUUGUCCGCUGUUCCACAACAAGUUGCAGUUCCCCCUGUCUGGGCUGCUGACUCUGAACCUCGCUCUCAAUCCAUUUGAAUUCUUCAUGUUUAAUUUCGCCUACUGUCUCAUCACGCCGAAGAACUACCCCCAAGGCCAACACAGCUCCACAGACAGCGCCUACUUCGUGCUGGUGGACACUUACCUGAAAUAUUUCCUCCCCAGUGAAGGGAGUGUGCCUCCUUCUCCUUUCUCUGACUCCAGAGGCUCUGUCACUGCACCUUCACCGAGAUCUUCCAGUGUUUCCUUUGCUGGUUAUGGCGUUCACAGCCCCAGUCUCCUGAAGCAUCACAUAUUCCAUCAGCCCUCAGUUAACGCAGAUCCCGCAGCCCAGGAAAUCUGGAGGUCUGAAACUCUGUUACAGAUGUUUGUGGAGAUCUGGCUUCAUCACUACUCCUUGGAGAUGUACCAGAAGCUGCAGUCUCCUCAGGUGAAGCUGGCGCUGCUGCAGUACCGCCUCAGUAUGUCCAGCAUGCCGUGCCAACCCCACGCCCCACCAGGCUCUGGGACCCUCCACACCUACCAAGAGCCCUUCACUCCGACAGAGGAGCACGUGCUGGUGGUGCGUCUCCUGGUGAAACAUCUGUACGCCUUCUCCAGCAGCCUGAAGCCCGAGCAGCUGUCCUCCUCACCCUCCGCCCACUCACACACUCACACCAGCCCGCUGGAGGAGUUCAAGAGAGUGGUGGUGCAGCGCUUUGUUCAGCAGAAACUCUACCUGUUUCUUCAGCAUUGCUUCAGUCACUGGCCUCUGGACGCCUCCUUCAGAGCGGUGUUAGAGACGUGGCUGAGCUACAUCCAGCCGUGGAGAUACACGGGGGAGAAGACCAAUCCUCAGCCAGACCAGAACCGAACUGUACCUGAAAAAUGGGAGUCGUUUGUUCAGGAGAACCUGCUCAUGUACACAAAGCUCUUCCAGGUGUUUUUGAACAGAGCAGUAAGAACAGAUCUGGUCAAUGCCAAGAAUGCACUGAUGGUCUUCAGGGUGGCCAAAGUCUUUGCUCAGCCAAACCUGGCAGACAUGAUCCAGAAAGGUGAGCAGUUGUUUCUGGAGCCCGAGCACGUCCUCCACCACCGCCAGCCCCGCGGCUACCUGACGCCGAGCCAGGGAGGCAGCUACCUGUCGUCGCGGCAAAAGGUGGUGACAGACAUGGUGUUCAGGGUGAAGAGUCACGUCUACGCCUUGGAAGGCCAGGACUGUCAGUACAAACAGAUGUUUGGCACGGAGCUCAGGGGAGCGAUCAUGAAGUUAAUCCAGAUGAUUGCACAAGCCAGACAGACAGCCAAAAGGAUUUCAGAUCACUCCAUGGAGGUGGCAGCCAAUACCUCUUUCCUGUCCUGGUUUGGGCUGGGCUCCUCUGAUCUCAACAGCACCUUCUCUGGGGCCGAGGCAGAGGAGAGCGGGGAAUGUCUGAAGAAGACCCACGAAUUUCUGGACAGAGCUUUGGAGAACUUGUGUCAAAUCUUCAAGCUGAACCAGGGGCAGCUGACGCAGCUCAUAUCAAACCUGGGUUCUUCCCAGGAUGAUGGCAACUGCAGGCAGCUGCCAGACUGCAUCCAAGGGGAGAAUGGACUCGUCCUAACGGACCUGGGCAGGAGGCAGAUCAUAAAUGGACUGCGCAGGUUUGACAUUCAGUAUCAGGGAGACCCGGAGCUGCAGCCCAUUCGGAGCUAUGAGAGUGCCCUGCUGGUCAGGCUGCUCUACAGGAUCUCUGUUCUGGUUAACGAGAGGUUCGGAGGCCACAUGAAUGCACUCUGCUCGCGAACAGACUUCCUGGGUCGCCUCGGCCGUCACUACCUGACGGAUCCCGAUUCCACCACAAAACUGAAGCACAGCCCGUCGUCCCGGCGGACGUUAGACAGGAACCGGCAGCCGAGGCUGAGCCUGCGCCCGCUGGCCAGCUACAGGACGAUAGUGCUGCUGCUGAUCUGCUACGCGUUUGGAGCCCUCCUGUCCUUUGGUCCUUUAUCCAGCACUGUGAUCAUCCUCACAGGAGGGUUCCUGUAUGGACUCUUCAUGACGUUGUUUGGCGACAAACUGAAAACACACUAGCCGUUCCGAAGCGUUCUACACAUCUGAGAAGUACUGAUGGUGAAUUUGAUCGGUUCCAGCUUUGAAUGUUUGGCAUAAAUGUGUGAAAUCUAAUAAAUUGUCUGGAGUGGUCUCACGCAUUGUAUGAUGAAUAUUGUAGUACGCUGUUGAUCAAGGGCUGCAACUAUUGAUUGCUUUCAUAAUCAAUUAAUCUGCCAGCUGUUUGGAGCGUAUAGCAUCAGAAAGCUGAUUAAAAAUACCUAUUAAAAUUUUCCAAAAUUCAUGUCAUCAACUGUCUUCUAACCAACAGUCUAAAAUCCCAAAAUAUUCAGUUUACUGUUGUGUAAAAAUACACCAUAUCACAUGUUUCUGAACAAAAUAUUAAAAAAAAAAAGUGGGACAUGACGGAGGUUUUUAAGGUUUCCUGAGAAGACAGCAUUUUGAAACAGA